AUGAGGAUAAAGAAGGGUAUAAGGUUACAUAAAUGCAUGAAAAAGACGCUCAUCCAUGGGUUUCGUACUCUGCUGAUGGGCCGGGCGUUGGUGCUGUGUUGCAGCACGACGGCAGCGCCGCCAACGGCCAUCCCACGCAACCACCGCCCAGAGAGCGAACCGCCACGCCCUUUGCCCUUCAACCUGCCAGCCAGCCCUCUGCCUACGGCGGCGACCCUGCUGUCGCAGCCACCGUCUGCGAGAGCAAACACAGGCAUGACCGGCGAAGACAUCCGCUCCAACGUCAUCCCCUCGUCGUCGUCGCUGGUCCAGCAGAAGCCCGUCGUGACGUCAGAGCUGGUGAAGAGCAUCUCCACCAACCUCCCCAGCGCGCCAGCGGCCAGCAACAUCACCAACGGCACCUCCGGCGGAAAGCCAGAGGUCGCCAUAUUCCAGGCGCCGCUGGUGGCGGCGUUCACGCUGCACCACGACCUGACCGGCCUGCCGCAGAGCGUGGAGCCGCUCGUGGAGGCUCCAGUGGCGUCUCCGAUCGCCUUCCAGCAGCAGCUGCUGGCCGUGCACCAGCGCCACGUCUUCCUCAAGCAGCAGCGCCAGAAGAUAGAGGAGCUGGAGACGCAGCGCCAGCUGCUGGCCCAGCAACGUGCAGAGCAGGAGCGCCAGAGGCAGGUGGAGGAACAGCAGCUGCGCCUGCAGCUGGAGUUGCAGAGACAAAGGCAGCUGCAGCAGCAGCAGCUGCUGGAACUGCACCGGCAGAGGCAGCUGCUGGAAGCACAGCGGCUGCGGCAGCAGCAGCAGCUGGAACUGCAGGCGCAAAGGCAGCAGCAGCUGCAGCUGCAAAGGCAGCAGCAGCUGGAGUCUCAGAGGCAGCAGCAACAGCAGCAGCUGUUCCUGGGACAGCAGCCGCCGCCGCCGUCUGUGGUACAGCAGCAGCAGGCCUUCUUCUCUGGCAGGCCGACACUGCAGGGAUUCAGGUCCCAGAGGCAGGAGCAGCAGUCGGCGACGGCCAACCCCGGCGUCGUGGACGUGCUGCCCAGCGUGGGCGCCGAGCUAAAGCCGCCGCCCCCACCCCUGCUGCGCAACAACAACAACAACAACAACAACGCGGCGCAGUUCCGCGGGUUUUCCCCAGCGCUGAGUCAGCGCCUGCCGGCUUUCCUGCCGACGCCCGCAUCGCCUCAGCAACAGGUGCGGGCGCAGCAGCAGCAGCAGCAGCAACAGCAGUUGCUGCAGUCCGGCACAAGCCCCGUGCUGAGUAGGCAGGUCCCAGAUGGCAGGGGACAGCAGGUGCUGAUACAGCAAUCAGUGCCCUUCUCGCUGCCCGUACAGCCGCAGCCGCAGGACGUUUCGUACGACACCAUCACGCCGGCCCUGCAGUCCCUGCAGAGGCAGCAGCAGCAGCAGCAGUUCCGGCAGCGGCCCAACCUCCUGCAGAACAACGUCCUGGGCGGGGCCCUCCGGGAGGACAUCGACAUCGUGUCCAAGGUGCUCAGCCUCAACCACCAGCGCCGCAACGACACGGCUGAGGAGGAAGAGCCCUCACUCAGCCCUUGA